CAGAAGGCCGAACUGGAGUUUGAAAAGUCCCGCGAGCACCCCGUCUCAAAGGAAGACAAUCGCGACCUGAUCAGCUCCCAGCACCUCCAAGUGAAGAAGAGCUGGGAGCAUCCCGGAGUGUUCGCUUGGGGUUCCAAUACAGGAAAGGUCAUUGACCCCAACUCAAGCGACAAGUACAUCAAGCAUCCACGCAGGAUACCGUUCUUCGACAACCAACUGCUUCGCGACUUGAAGCUCACUCAGAAUUUUGGCGCAGCCAUCACGGAGAAGGGCGACCUCGUGCAAUGGGGCUUGGGGUUCUCCAAGGCGGAUCCUACGCCGGUGACGACCCUGAAGGGCAAGGACCUAUCCAAGAUUGAGGUGUCAGAGGAUCGAAUCAUUGCAUUGUCCCGCGGCGGCUCCGUCUAUGCCAUUCCGGCUUCGCGUGAUGACCAGGAGGGUGGAAAGAAGCUGGAGGAAAAUAAGAGCUCGUGGUCCCUCUGGUCCUCUCCAUCUGGCAGCGAGGCCAUCAGCUUCCAGAACCUGACUCCGGCGGGCCUCAAAUGGGGCGAGCGCGUUACUGAUAUCAGCAGCGGCCUCGAACAUUGCUUGAUGCUCACGUCAGGCGGGCGAGUCUUCUCUUCCGCCUCGAGCGCCUCGGCCUUCCCGACCAAGGGACAGAUGGGCAUCCCGGGCCUUACUUGGGAAACUCGGCCCAAGGGACGUUAUGACCAGCCGCAUGAGAUCUCGUUGCUCAAGGGUUUCGACAUCAAGAAGAUUGCGACAGGAGACUACCACUCGGUUGUCCUGGACAAACUCGGCAGAGUCUUCACCUUUGGCGACAACACAUAUGGUCAGCUUGGCUUUGAGGCCCAGUUAGGCGACUCAUCCGUCUCUACGCCUACAAUCCUGCCGGUACACAAGCUGUACGCGAAAAGCGGCCUGAUCCCGAAGGUCUCCUCAAUCGCCGCCGGCGGGUUGAACACUUUCUUCGUCUGCGAGGCCGAUACGCCCAGCGCCACGGACACCGAGGCCGACGCUACGGUGCCUUCCAGGAGACUGCCGCGGAGUACAUGCGACCUCUGGGCGGCAGGACAGGGCACCACCGGCUCACUAGGCACGGGCAAAUGGACUCACGUCUCCCUUGGGCCAACAAAGGUCAAGGCGCUGUCGGGUCUGUCCGAGUUUGACGAGAAGCGCAACCAGCUGAUGCCCAUCAAGAUCAAGGAUCUGAGCAUCGGCACAACCCACAGCGCCGCCGUCAUGGACAAUGUCACACAGACGUCCGUGUCGGGCCGGUCCUCUGAGAACGAGACCAACUGGGGCUCUGACGUCGUCUUCUGGGGAGGCAACGAGCAUUACCAGCUGGGGACGGGCAAGCGAAAUAACCUGAACACCCCAAGCUACAUCGGGCCACUGGACGGGGGCGAAGGCGAUGCUGCCCGGGGACGAGAAGGCGAGGUGCAUAGACUAUGCCUGACGCCUCGACAGACUGCACGGCUAGGAGAAGGUGGAAAGGGCCGCAAAGCGACGUUGGAACAAAAAGUCGAGUGCGGUCGAUUCGUCACAGGGGUCUACUCUGCCACUUGA